AUGUCUCGAAAAACUUCUAUCUAUCGAUGGCAUAUGCCACGCUGGAUUCGGCGUAUUCUUUCUGAGACGCGCGAAACAGGAACAGAAGAUGAGCAUACAGUGCAGAAGCCAGAAACAGGAAAGUGCACAGAAAAAGAACCAGAGACAGACAAGCAAGCUGUGCCAGAUGCAGUGGUUUACAAGCAACCAGUACAAGUCUCAAGAGCAGAAAAGGACAUAACGCAGAUAUUAAGAAAAGAAAAAGGUUCAGCGCAAACGCCAGGGAAAUCUGGUAACCUGUCCAGAGCACCUGCAAAAAAGCGCGGACUAUCCGACCUUCCAUUGGAGCUUCUUCAGCAUAUCUUCCCUUACUUACCGCUACCAAGCCAGCGCUUGGAGCUAGUUAUUGAGUUGCGAUUCCCCCUUAUGCCUCGAGAAGGACAAAAAGCAUAUGUUGUCACUGAAGAAUAUCAUGUGCGAAUGAAACUCCUCAGUCAGCUUGAGGAUAGUUGUUGGGUCACCCGGCAUCUAGGGAGGGAGAGAUGGUUUGCGGAUCCGGAGUCCGUUGGAGAUGGGAAUGGAGUUCAGUUUCAGAAGCAGUGGUAUAAGCAGUGCCGGGAUUGGAAGAAUUACAUUCCAGAGUGA